CAAGCUCUUCGGGACAGCUGACCUGUCAUGCUUCUGCUUCGAGAAGAAGUGGGGCGCUGCAAAACUGGGGCGGCGGCUCGGAGUCGCGGCUCACAAGUUCAAACGCCCAGGCUGCUCGUGUGAGUCAACAGGAAGUUUCAAAGUUAAAAGUCCAAGGGAGCACCUAAUUUUGUCAGAGAAGUGACUUCUCACCUUGUGCAAAGCAAAAGCCGUUGUAAGCUGGUUGCGGAUGGUCGGAAGCAGGAUUCUCUGCAUAGGUUGGUGCAAACAUCUGCUCUGAUUUCAAGUGUCGAGAGGCAGGGAAUCGCAUUGUAACCUGCAGACUGCCUGCCAUGGAGGCAGAAACAUCAAAAGCACCACUGGACGAGUUGGUCUACUCUAGACAGAUUCAUGCACUGGGAAGGGAUGCGACGCAGGCGAUCGCAGUGAGCAGUGUGGUCAUCAUCGGCAUGAAAGGAGUGGGCGCUGAGACGGCUAAGAACGUUAUCCUUGCUGGCGUCAAGCAACUUACGCUGAUCGAUGGUGGGGUGGUGGGGCCCAGUGACCUCUCCUCUCAGUUUCUUCUGCGAGAAGGAGAUGUGGGCCUUGGCCGAGCGGCGGUCAGCGCAACUAGGCUUGGAGAGCUGAAUGAGAGUGCGCACGUGCAAGCGGUCCAGGGGCCACUCACUGCAGAACUGCUGAAGAGCACUGAACCAAAGCAUGGAGCGCAGGUGGUGAUUGCUACUCAGGGAAGCUGGGACGAGUUGGCCGCGCUGAACUCACUGUGCCGCUCUAAUGGCACACAUUUCAUCGCUGCGGGCAUCCACGGCCUCGCUGCUUUCGUCUUCGUCGACCUCGGGGAGAGCUUCGAAGUCAAGGACGCCACUGGUGAACCUUCGCCGACCGUCAUGAUAGAAAGCGUCACCCAGGAUCUUCCGGCGACUGUGACGGUCGUAGAGGAGCAGCGGCAUGCUUUCGAGGACGGGGACUUUGCCAGCUUUUCCGGAAUCAGGGGGAUGACGCAGCUCAACGACGGACCCCCCCGGAGAGUGAGCGUCACGGGCAGCCACUCGUUCACUAUCCCGGACGAUACCCGCGAGUAUGGGCGAUACGUUUCAGGGGGGUACAUCAGACGGUUACGACCCUCGAAGUUCCUCCACUUCAAGCCGUUAAAGGUGUCGAUUGAGGCUCCAACCUUUGUCGAAAGCGAUCCAAGCAAGGUGACCCGCCCGGAGCUUCUGCACGCAGCAUUCCGCACGUUUCAGUCCGUCCAAGAUGGAUCUGGAAACGACUUGGCGCUCCCCCUAUCUAGUGACCUGCUAGAGGACAUUCACAAUUCUGCGCAGUCUCUGCUCGACCGCCAGGCGUCGUCCAAUCUCGCGACGUCCUCCGCGCCCCUUCGAACCGCCCGAUCCGACCCCUCCUCCAAAACCCUGGCCCUUCUGCAGACUCUAGCCGCGUCUUGGGGCCAAGAACUUGCGCCGAUGGCGGCGAUAGUCGGAGGGAUCGUGGCGCAAGAAGUCCUGAAAGCGGUGUCAGGGGUUAUGACGCCAAUUCAGCAGUGGCAAUAUCUGGACGCGUUCGAAGCGGCGCCGGAUGACGUGGCGGCAGGCAUGGAGGCCCCCGUGGAGGCGCGGUAUGCGGCCCAGAUUGGCGUGUUCGGGCAGCAAGUGCAGGACGCCUUAUCUGAGUUACGGUACCUGGUGGCCGGAGCCGGGGGCAUCGGCUGCGAGCUGCUGAAGAACUUUGCGCUCAUGGGGGUCGGCACGGGGAACGGCGGGAGAGUUACCGUCGCCGAUGCGGACAUCGUCGAACUUCCGAACCUCCCCGGGCAGUCGCUGUUCCGGAAAAGCGACGUGGGAAAGCCGAAAGCGGCGACGGCGGCGGAGGCUGUCAGGCAGAUCAAUCCUGCGGUGCACACGGCGGCUAUCCAGGAGCGGCUCGCUGCUGAAACGGAGGGCCUGUUCGACUCGGCCUUCUUCGAGAAGCUCUCUGGGGUUUGCACGGCCGUCGACGACGGUUCGUCGCGGCUGUACAUCGACGCCCGAUGCGUGGCUUUCGGGAAGGCCAUGAUCGACGGGGGGAAGCUCGGAGCCAAGGGCAGCGUCCAGGUGUUUGUGCCGCACCAGUCGGAGAUGUACGCGUCGACGCGUGACCCGUCGGAGCACCGCGAGUUCCAAAUCUGCACGCUCAAGAACUUCCCGUAUGCGAGCGAGCAUACGCUGCAAUGGGCGCUCGACAUCUUCGAGGGGCUGUUUAAAGUGCGGCCAGCGGGCGUCAACGCGUAUCUCUCCAAGCGCGACUUUCUAGACGGCCUGAAGAAGAACUCUGCGGCGCGCCUGCCGACGCUGGAAAGCUUGCGGAGCGCUCUGGUAACGCAGCGGCCGCUCGGCCUCGACGCGUGCAUCGCCUGGGCGCGCAACCAGUUCGAGGAGCUCUUCAGCAACAGCAUCAAGCAGCUGACCUUCAACUUCGCUCCAGGCAUGACCACGUCCGCUGGAGCCCCGUUUUGGAGCGGCACGAAGCGUGCUCCGACGCCGCUCACGUUCGACGUGCUCGACUCGCUGCACCUCGACUUCAUCGUCGCCGCCGCAAACCUUCAGGCUUCCGUGUACGGCCUGAAGGGGUCCCGCGACCGGGCGUUGUUUGCUGAGGCGGUGACGCGGGUCGAGGUCCCGCCGUUCGAGCCGAGGGAGGGGGUCAAGAUCGCGGUUUCGGAUGAAGCGGCCCGCGGUUUGGCCAGCGCCCCCGGCUCCGCCCUCGCCAUCUCCGGAGGCCCCUCUCCGGACGCGGACGCCGCGUGCGAACACCUCCUGUCCGAAAUGCCCACCCCCGCCAGCCUCGCCGGCUACCGGCUAACCGUUAUCGACUACCAAAAGGACGACACGGACCGUUACCACCUAGACUUCGUUGCUGCCGCCGCGAACCUCCGGGCCCGAAACUACGGCAUCCCCCCUGUUGAUAAGCUGACGGCGCGGCUCAUAGCCGGGCGGAUCCUGCCGUCGGUUAUCACGUCGGCGUCCGUCGUUGCGGGGCUUAUGUGCCUGGAGCUGUACAAGCUGGUACAAAAUAAGCCGCUGGGCGCUUAUCGGCACUCGUACCUGAACCUGGCGCUCCCGUUGAUGACGUCAGCGCAGCCGCUCGCGGCGGUCAAGACGGAGGUGCAGACCAGCCACGGGAAGCCGCUCGUGUGGACGCUGUGGGACAGGUUCGAAAUCGACGCGCGAAGCCUGACGCUGGCGCAGUUCCUGAAGGACUUCAAGGCUAAGGAAGGACUGGAAGUGUCCAUGUUGUCGUAUGGGCGGAGUUUACUGUACGCCGAGUUUUUGCCCAAGAAGAAGAUGGCGGAUCGGCUAACCAUGACGCUCGUCGACCUCGUAAAGCAGGUGGCCAAGGCGAAGGUGCUGGACACGGAGACGCGGCUGAGUUUUUCGAUCUCGUGCAGUGACGCAAACGAUGACGACGUGGAGGUGCCUGACGUCAUCGUGCGGAUCAAUUGAUUUGGGGGCACAGUGAUGUUGACUUCGUCAGGAAUCAAACAUAGAAGACCGUCGCGCAAGCCUCUUGACUCAAUCUUCUAAUACGUGACACUGUAAAUACAUUAUAAGCUGCAUAUUGAGACCAAGAUCUCGCGUCUCCAUU